AUGACCGAGUUAAGAUGUCGAAAAACGGCGGUGACCGUGGAGGGAGACGGAGAAGAAGAGGAGGAGCCGAAAACCGAAAACCGAGAGGAGCAGAGUUCAGGUGAGUGAGGCUAAAGUUAGCCGUGUGCUAAUCAACACCAUUCAGGUCAGCUAACAGAGAAGACAAACUGUAACUUCAGUCAACUCUGACAAAAACAAACAUGAAGCUUUUGUAACACCUGUACAGGUGUGAACGGACCGGUGAACCCAGAGGAUGAUGGGAAUGUUUCUGAGGAUGGAGCAGGUAACAAGGAGGAUGAAGGUGAAGAGGAGGAUGAGAGGAUGAAAAAGGAGGAAUUAAACACACCUGAGACAACAGAGACACCUGUCAAAGGAGCCAGAAAGUCCUUUGCAUGUAAGUCCCCUUAUUACUAUUAUUAUUAUUAUUAUUAUUAUUAUUAUUAUUAUCUGUUGGUGCACAAAUCAAGGGUGCAAAUACAUCUACUGUUACUGCUGCUUAAAGGGAUAUUCUGGCAUUAAAUUAAUUUAGUGUCAAACCCACCGUAACACCGAGUCAGACCCCCCCUCCAGAGAUGAAUGUUGUCAACCGCUUCCUUCUCUAGUUAUACCAACUUUAGUAACGACCGCAGGAUAGAAAUACAGAGAGCCACGCCCCCAACCAAAACGCCACUCUAUAGCCACAAAUAAUGCUCAGAACAGCACCUAACUUCAUCAACAGGACAUAUAGGGUCACAGCCAUAGUACUAGACACCAAACAUCUUUUUAACUUUGACUCAUUUCUUUAGCAAAGAGACUAAACACAACUCACCUACUCUCUUCCAGCAGACGCUUGUUUGUAGUGAGACCUCAGGCCAGUCCAUUACAGACUACAGCGGGGUGCCGCAGCUCAAGGAAGAACAUUUAUGAUCAUUUCUUCACGGAAAUACAAUCAGACCGAGACGCUAAGACAGAAGAACUACAGCGUCUGUAAAAUGAUUAAUAUGGUGAUUAUUACUUCAAGGAAAUGAUAAAGAAAUGAUCAUAAAUGUUCUUCCUUGAGCUGCGGCACCCCGCUGUAGUCCGUAAUGGACUGGAUAUAUCAUAUAUAUUUAUUUCAUGUUUAGCGCUGUGUUGAGAAAUUUUAUGUAGACAGCUGCAAAGAAGCUUCUUACCUACUUCUGCUGUAAAACAACAUUUACACCAGUAACCACGUUAAACAAUGAGCUGAGUGUCUCUUAUUUUACUGUGCAGCAUUAAAACAAAGAGAUUAACUUGUGCACAAUCCUGAUCAUUAAAUGUGAAGUAUCAGAAAUAUUCACCAUGACCUCUAAUAUUUCCGUAUCUCGACCUCUCAGCAGGCUUCCUGCAGCGUCUGGUGAGGGUGUUCUUCGGUUGUCUGGCGGCAGUUGCCUGCGGGAUGCUGUACGCCGUGUAUCUGUCGACAUAUCAUGACAGGAAGUUCUGGUUUUCCACCAGACAGGUGUGUGUUUGUUGUUGCUCUGCCUUCUCUGUGUUUCCUCUCUGCUGCUUCAACAACAUGAAUCUUAAACAUGAACUUUUCCCAGGAGCUGGAGCGGGAAAUCACCUUCCAAGAAGGCAGCGGGCUUUAUUAUUACUAUUAUAAGCACCUGCUGACGGCGUCAUCUUUCGAAAGAGGUACGAAUAUCCUUCUGUGUCUCCUUAGAGGAAGACAAACGCAGAGAAAUGAACAAUCACUUCAGUCUAAAAGUCUGAACUCACUCUGAUGUUCGUCUGUUAGGAUUCUACGAGCUGACGCUGGAUAACAACACGGUUUCAGGUCAAACCAUCAACGCGGUGGAGAGUCUGUCUCUGUAUCCAGAGCUCAUCACAAGUUUCUUGUACAGAGUCACGGGCAGCCAGGUGAACGUCUCUCUGCUGUUUGAAGUUUCUGAAUGAAGGUGAAAGAAGAGUGACAGGGAGAGAGAGAGAGUCAUGAUAUGUAAACACAGACAGGUGUUAAACAUGAACUCACAUCCUGCUGCUCUAAUACUCUGUGUUUAUCUGACAUGAUUGAUGAACACGCUGACGUUUCCGUCUGUGCCCGCAGGAUGUCAUAGAGCCGAUCUACUUCUACGUCGGAGCGGUUUUCGGCCUCCAGGCGGUCUACGUCACCGCCCUGUUUGUGUGCAGCUGGGUGAUGAGCGGCACCUGGGUCGCUGGUAUGUUGGCUGUAGCCUGGUAUGUGAUCAACAGGUGAGAGGGCGUCCUUCCUGCUGCUCCAGCCUCACAGCAUUUUAGUGUCUCUUAUACUUUUAUAAACCUUCAGCGGGUUUUUUUCCUCCUCAGACCAGAUACGACUAAAGUGGACCAAGCCAUUCCUCUGAGGGACAACUGGGCCCUGCCUUACUUCUCCUGCCAGGUCGCUGCUCUGACCGGAUUCCUGAGUAAUAACAUCACCUCUGCUGCGGAGGUGAGCCUCCUCCUUCAUAUCCACGCUGAGCACACAGCUGAAAACACUCCCUGAAAAUACACGACCUUUAUUUCUCUCUAGAUGUUCUGCUAUCUCACCAUGAGUGCCACCACCUUCACCUUCCUGCUGGUGUGGGAACACAGUCACUACGUGCUCUUCAUCCAGGGCCUCUGCCUUUUCCUGCUCGACUCUUUUGACUUGGUGCCGACGCGGAAGGUAGCAGUCCUGCUAAAGCUCAACAGCCCAUCAGUUUGUCCCGCAGAAACGUUUCUUCACCUUGUUCUUUUUCUGUUAUUUCUCCAAAGAUGGCCGACAUUCACAAGGUGUACCUCAGCUCCUUGUUCUUGGCCUACUUGUUCCAGUUUCAGAACCCGGCGCUGCUCAGCUCUCCUCUGCUCAGCCUCAUGAUCGGCUCAGUGCUCGCGAGGUACUUCCAGGUAGAGUUAGCUGCUCCCUCACUUUAGCGCUCAGCUCCAAAUACACGGUUUAGUGACAGCAGACCACGCUGACGAAUUUUACCAUGAAAGAUCUUCAGUUUGACAUGUUUGAAAUCCAGAGUAGCUCUUCUUAAAUGUUGUCUUCUGCUUCUCUAUCGCAGCAAAAGAUGAAAGUGGGACCUCUAGUGGCCAGAGUCAUGAAACUGUUACUACACUUCCACCUGGUCUUCACGACAGGAAUCACCUUCAGUUAUUUAGUGAAGGUAAAACCACUUUAUGACACUGUUAAAGGGAUAUUCCGGCGUAAAUUUAAUUUAUGGUCAAACCCACCGUAACACAGAGUUAGACUCCGCCUCCAGAGAUGAAUGUUGUCGACCGCUUGCUUCUCUAGUUAUACCAACUUUAGUAACGACCACAGGAUAGAAAUACAGAGAGGUCUGAGGACCUUAAAUUAACUUUACACCCGAAUAUCCCUUUAAGUCCUGAAUCUGUAGUGACAAACUUCCUAACGACGUCCUUUUUUAACAGAAACUUUUACCUGUAAGUGAGAGCGAUUUCAUAUUGAAAUUCCUCGAGGUGAAAUUUGGACUCAACGCGACAACGUGAGUGAGAGUUUAGAUCGACCUGAAAAUGAAUGUUUUCACUGAAUCUCCGUUUCCUCUUUAAAUGAAUCUCGUGUGUUUUUCUCUUUUCUUCUGUCAGUGACUUUGUCCCAAACUUCCUCAUGUGCCAAGAGAGUUUACAGACUCCCAGUCAAGACUUGUUUCUUCGCCUGACGCAGGCCUCAGUCCUCCCCUUCUAUCUGCUGGUGCUCUCUGUGUGUCUGCUGUCCACUCUGCAGACCAUCUACAGGAGACUCAGGUGAGAGACGUCUGCGGCGUCAUGGAUCGGUUCAGCUGCUUUGGAAACAUUUGUAAAUGAGUUGUUGUUGAAAUUUUCUGCAGUGGUCAGCUGAUGCAAACUAACCUGAAACUUGAAGACGGGCGAAUAGGAGAGCAGCCGGAGGUCAUCUAUCACGUGUUUCAUACUUUGAUUUUCGGAGGCCUGGCUCUGCUCUUCGACGGGUGAGCCGUGUUGAUGGUUUGAGUUUCUGACGUUCAUUAAUAAAAGUCUCUACGGCACAGCCGGACAGUGACGCUGUUGUUUUCUUGCAGGAUGAAGUAUUUAUGGACCCCGUAUGUCUGCAUGUUUACAGCGUUCGGCGUUUGUUCUCCAGAACUCUGGAUGACUGUUUUUAGGUGGCUGAAGCUGAAGUCCAUCCACCCUGUGGUUCUGGUGAGUUUACACUGAAAUUCAGAAAGUGCAGGAAUCCUUAAUGAACUGAAAAUGAAGGCAAACAUCCUCUGGAGGUCUCAUUAGAUCCCAGUCUUUAAACUACAGCAGAAUUAAACAUGUUGACAUACUGAGCGUCUCUCUUUUUAACCCCGUCAGUCUCUGAUCCUGAGCACAGCCGUCCCCACAAUCAUCGGCUUCAGUUUGUGGAGAGAGGUGAGACUCUGAACUCUCGGUCAUUUCACUCUCAUCACACCUCCGUUGGUCCUAACUGCCCCCCCUCUGUCCCGCAGUACUGCCCACGUGUCUUAGCGGAGCUGUCCGACCUCCCUGAGUUCUAUGACCCGGAUACAGUGGAGCUGAUCAGCUGGGUCAGGUGGGUCCUCUGAUAGUUCUGGUGCUGGUUUUUACAGAAUAGAAUAGAAUAUUCCUUUAUUGAUCCUCCAUGGGGGAAAUGUUUUGUCACAGCAGCGUCACAGACAGAGAGUGCAAAAAUGCAGUUAUAAAAAUAAAGAUCCUAAUAUUAAGAACUUAAAUAAAUGUAAUAAUUAAGAAAAAAAUUUAGAAAAAGGAAAAAGGGAGAAGAAAAAUAAAACUAUCUACAAUGCCAGAAAAAAGUGAUGGUGUAAAUCCAGUUAUUAUUACAGUUCGUUGUAAAUAUUUUAUGCUUGUGUCCCUUUAGGCCUUGGCUGUUGUGUCUAACUUUGCGGUCUGGGGUCUUGCAGGUCUCAGGCGCCCCUCACGGCGGUCUUUGCAGGCAGCCCUCAGCUCUUAGGAACAGUCAAGUUGUGUUCGGGUUCAGCCGUGACCACUUUACCGCUUUACUCUGACGUCAACCUGCUGAGGAGGACUGAAGAUGUGAGUGAGAUGAUAACUUUGGCUCACAGAGAGAAGACCGCUUUGAUUCAUGAACACCUUUCGUUUCUUCUUCUCAGACGUACCAGGUGUACGCCAUGAGAUCCGCCGAGGACAUCUACAAGAUUCUGACCGCUCAGAAGACAAACUACUUCAUCAUUGAGGAGUCCAUCUGUAACGAGCUGAGUCUGGUUCGAGGCUGCAGGAUCAAAGACCUUCUGGAUAUUUCCAACGGACACGUGAGGACUCGGUUUUUUGAAGGUUUGGGGUUAAAAAUGUGAAUCUGCAGUUUUUUAGACUUGAGGAAGACUUCAAAUCAAAGACGCCUGCUUAUCGUACACAUGAUGUAGAGUAACACCAUGAUUGUUUACCUGCCUGGAGCGCUCACCUGUAAACUGAUGUCAGUAUUACUGUAGUUUAAAGGGAAAGUCUGACAUUUUUGUGAAUCCUGAAAGUCGAGGGAUCUGCUUCGUCUUCAGUGAGACACAGACGACGUUCUCAUGUUCUCUCUCUCUGACCUUUUGUCUCCGUCCAGGUCGUUUACGAUAAAGGAGAGAUGUACUCGUUCUCCAAACACGGACGAUUCUGCCAGGAGAUUAAAAUGAACUACUCGCCCUACACAAACUACUUCACUCGAGUUUUCUGGAACCGCUCGUACCACAUCUACAAAGUCAACUCUGUCAUCUCUUUUCAGUACUGA